AGUGUCAAUCAAAGGCAGAGCUCUCAGAGCUGGGAAGGAGGCUCUAGAUGGCGGCUGUGCCUUAGAGCGCGCUCUGCUCCCUGCCUUUGCCUCACUUUACGCAACUUUCCCUAACUUUUGGGUAGCCUCAGGGGGCCCCCGCAGCCCCCUGCCUCUCCUAGUGACUUACUGGGGUCGAUUCGAACCCUUUUUAGGGAGAAAAACAGCUUUUAGGAGCUUUCUUUUCGUGCCUUGUUGGAAAGAAGCAGCCGUACUGAGAGCCCAGGUCGUUGUUUUUUCCAGCUUAGAAGCCAUGGCGCACCUCCAUUUUUGUGCGCUCUCCUAAUGAGGUUUUUUUUUCUUUCGGACCCGUUUUGGUAUUAAUUAUUGCUUUAUUUUUUGACCAGUUAACAUAUUUGAGGAUUAUUUUAUUUAUUUUUCAUUUUUUAACGGAGGAUUUUGCCUUUAUUUUUAAUUAUUUGGGAUCUGAUAUUUUUCUACUACUAGAUAGGACUCUUGCUUUGGACAUACUACAUGGAUCAGUAAAUACCUGGGCACAGGACUUCAAAGCAAACACAGAUUCCCCCUCCCCCUUAAUAUUUAAGAAUUAAAAGAUGAUGAGAAAUAAGGACAAAAGCCAAGAGGAGGACAGUUCGCUACACAGCAAUGCAUCGAGUCAUUCAGCCUCUGAAGAAGCUUCAGGUUCAGACUCAGGCAGUCAAUCGGAAAGUGAGCAGGGCAGUGAUCCAGGAAGUGGACAUGGCAGCGAGUCGAAUAGCAGUUCUGAAUCUUCUGAGAGUCAGUCGGAAUCUGAGAGUGAAUCAGCAGGUUCCAAAUCCCAGCCAGUUCUUCCAGAAGCCAAAGAGAAGCCAGCCUCUAAGAAGGAACGGAUAGCUGAUGUGAAGAAGAUGUGGGAAGAAUAUCCUGAUGUUUAUGGGGUCAGGCGGUCCAACCGAAGCAGACAAGAACCCUCACGAUUUAAUAUUAAGGAAGAGGCAAGUAGCGGGUCUGAGAGUGGGAGCCCAAAAAGAAGAGGCCAGAGGCAGCUGAAAAAACAAGAAAAAUGGAAGCGGGAGCCCUCAGAAGACGAACAUGAACAAGGCACCAGUGCAGAGAGUGAGCCAGAGCAAAAGAAAGUGAAAGCCAGAAGACCCACCCCCAGAAGUUUCAUAGAUAUUUCUGAAUUGCCUACCAAAGAGAUACCAUCACACCAUGCCGUAACAGUGCCCAAACCCCGUGUUAAAAAGCAACCUAAGGCUCAGCGUGGAAAGAGAAAAAAGCAAGAUUCUUCUGAUGAUGAUGAUGAAGAUGAUGAAGCUCCCAAAAGGCAGACUCGUCGAAGAGCAGCUAAAAAUGUUAGUUACAAAGAAGAUGAUGACUUUGAGACUGACUCAGAUGAUCUUAUUGAAAUGACUGGAGAAGGAGUUGAUGAGCAACAGGAUAACAGUGAAACUAUUGAAAAGGUCUUAGAUUCAAGACUGGGAAAGAAAGGAGCCACCGGAGCUUCUACUACUGUAUAUGCAGUUGAAGCUAAUGGAGACCCUAGUGGUGACUUUGACGCUGGAAAGGAUGAAGGUGAAAUCCAAUACCUCAUCAAGUGGAAGGGUUGGUCUUAUAUUCACAGCACAUGGGAGAGUGAAGAAUCCUUACAGCAACAGAAAGUAAAAGGCCUAAAAAAACUAGAGAAUUUCAAGAAGAAAGAGGAUGAAAUCAAGCAAUGGUUAGGGAAAGUUUCUCCUGAAGAUGUGGAAUAUUUCAACUGCCAACAGGAGCUGGCCUCAGAGUUGAUUAAACAGUAUCAGAUAGUAGAAAGAGUAAUAGCUGUGAAGACAAGUAAAUCUACAUUGGGUCAAACAGAUUUUCCAGCUCAUAGUCGGAAGCCGGCACCUUCAAAUGAACCUGAAUAUCUUUGCAAAUGGAUGGGACUGCCCUAUUCAGAGUGUAGCUGGGAAGAUGAAGCCCUGAUUGGAAAGAAAUUUCAGAACUGCAUCGAUAGCUUCCACAGUAGGAACAACUCAAAAACCAUCCCUACAAGAGAAUGCAAGGCCCUGAAGCAGAGACCACGAUUUGUAGCUUUAAAGAAACAGCCAGCGUAUUUAGGAGGGGAGAAUCUGGAGCUCCGAGAUUAUCAGCUAGAAGGUCUCAACUGGCUUGCUCAUUCCUGGUGCAAAAGUAACAGUGUAAUCCUUGCUGAUGAAAUGGGCCUAGGAAAGACCAUCCAGACCAUAUCAUUCCUCUCCUACCUGUUCCACCAACACCAGCUGUAUGGCCCCUUUCUUAUAGUCGUCCCUUUAUCCACCCUCACCUCAUGGCAGAGGGAGUUUGAAAUCUGGGCACCAGAGAUUAACGUAGUGGUUUACAUAGGUGACCUGAUGAGCAGAAAUACGAUACGGGAGUAUGAAUGGAUUCAUUCCCAAACCAAAAGGUUGAAGUUCAAUGCACUUAUAACAACAUACGAGAUCCUCUUAAAAGAUAAGACUGUGCUGGGCAGUAUUAACUGGGCCUUUCUGGGAGUGGAUGAAGCCCAUCGGUUGAAGAAUGAUGACUCUUUAUUGUAUAAAACUCUGAUUGAUUUCAAGUCCAACCAUAGGCUCCUGAUUACGGGGACCCCUCUUCAGAAUUCCCUCAAAGAGCUCUGGUCCUUGCUGCACUUUAUUAUGCCGGAGAAGUUUGAGUUCUGGGAAGAUUUUGAAGAAGACCAUGGCAAAGGGAGAGAGAAUGGCUACCAGAGUCUUCAUAAGGUGCUAGAGCCUUUCCUUCUCCGGAGAGUCAAAAAAGAUGUGGAGAAAUCCCUUCCUGCCAAAGUGGAACAGAUUCUCAGGGUAGAGAUGUCGGCCCUUCAGAAACAGUAUUACAAAUGGAUUCUGACCAGGAAUUAUAAGGCUCUUGCCAAAGGAACAAGAGGCAGCACAUCUGGUUUCCUUAAUAUUGUGAUGGAACUGAAAAAAUGCUGUAACCACUGCUAUCUGAUUAAACCCCCUGAAGAAAACGAAAGGGAGAACGGACAGGAGAUUCUUCUGUCCCUGAUCAGGAGCAGUGGGAAGCUGAUUCUGUUAGACAAACUGUUGACGAGACUUCGAGAAAGGGGGAACAGAGUCCUUAUCUUCUCUCAGAUGGUGAGAAUGUUGGAUAUUCUGGCCGAGUACCUGACUAUUAAACACUAUCCUUUCCAGCGUCUGGAUGGUUCCAUCAAGGGAGAAAUCCGAAAACAGGCACUGGACCACUUCAAUGCAGAUGGGUCUGAGGACUUCUGUUUCCUGCUUUCGACAAGGGCUGGUGGCCUAGGAAUCAAUUUGGCUUCAGCGGACACAGUCGUCAUCUUUGACUCUGACUGGAACCCCCAGAACGACUUGCAGGCACAAGCCCGAGCCCAUAGAAUUGGUCAGAAGAAGCAGGUAAAUAUUUACCGCUUAGUUACAAAGGGGACUGUGGAGGAGGAGAUCAUCGAACGGGCCAAAAAGAAGAUGGUAUUGGACCAUCUGGUGAUUCAACGCAUGGACACCACUGGCCGGACGGUCCUGGAAAAUAACUCGGGAAGGUCCAACUCAAAUCCUUUUAAUAAAGAAGAGCUGACAGCUAUUUUGAAAUUUGGAGCAGAGGAUCUCUUCAAAGAACUUGAAGGGGAGGAGUCAGAACCUCAGGAAAUGGAUAUAGAUGAAAUUUUGCGCUUGGCUGAAACCAGAGAGAAUGAAGUGUCAACAAGUGCAACAGAUGAGCUUCUGUCACAGUUUAAGGUUGCCAACUUUGCAACAAUGGAAGAUGAAGAAGAGCUUGAAGAGCGUCCUCACAAGGACUGGGAUGAGAUCAUUCCAGAGGAGCAAAGGAAAAAGGUAGAGGAGGAGGAGCGGCAGAAGGAGCUAGAAGAAAUUUAUAUGCUGCCUCGAAUUCGGAGUUCCACUAAAAAGGCUCAGACAAAUGACAGUGACUCUGAUACUGAGUCUAAGAGGCAGGCCCAGAGAUCCUCUGCUUCUGAGAGUGAGACAGAUGACUCUGAUGAUGACAAGAAGCCAAAGCGCAGAGGGCGCCCCAGAAGCGUGCGGAAGGACCUUGUGGAGGGGUUUACUGACGCGGAGAUCCGAAGGUUCAUCAAGGCUUAUAAGAAGUUUGGUCUCCCUCUUGAACGGCUGGAGUGCAUAGCUCGUGAUGCUGAGCUGGUAGAUAAGUCUGUGGCAGAUCUGAAACGCCUGGGUGAACUGAUUCACAACAGCUGUGUGUCAGCAAUGCAGGAAUAUGAAGAACAGCUGAAAGAAAAUGCCAGCGAGGGGAAAGGACCAGGGAAAAGGAGAGGUCCAACAAUCAAGAUAUCUGGAGUUCAGGUUAAUGUGAAAUCUAUUAUCCAACAUGAAGAAGAGUUUGAGAUGCUGCAUAAAUCUAUCCCUGUGGACCCAGAAGAAAAAAAAAAAUAUUGCUUAACCUGUCGUGUCAAAGCUGCGCAUUUUGAUGUGGAGUGGGGAGUGGAGGAUGAUUCUCGCCUGUUGCUGGGAAUUUAUGAACAUGGCUAUGGAAACUGGGAGUUAAUUAAAACAGAUCCAGAGCUUAAAUUAACUGACAAAAUUCUGCCUGUGGAGACAGAUAAAAAGCCCCAGGGGAAGCAGCUGCAGACCCGAGCGGACUACUUGCUGAAGCUGCUCCGGAAGGGUCUAGAGAAGAAGGGGGCUGUGACAGGUGGGGAAGAGGCCAAAUUAAAGAAGCGGAAGCCUCGAGUAAAGAAGGAAAACAAAGCGCCCAGACUGAAAGAUGAGCAUGGAAUUGAGUUUUCAUCUCCUAGACAUUCAGAUAAUCCAUCAGAAGAGGGAGAAGUAAAGGAUGAUGGCUUAGAAAAAAGUCCAAUGAAGAAAAAACAAAAGAAGAAAGAGAACAAGGAGAAUAAGGAGAAACAAAUGAGUUCUAGGAAAGACAAAGAAGGGGACAAGGAAAGGAAGAAGUCAAAGGAUAAGAAAGAGAAGCCUAAAGGUGGUGAUGCCAAAUCUUCAAGUAAAUCAAAGCGAUCUCAGGGUCCUGUCCAUAUUACAGCAGGAAGUGAACCUGUCCCUAUUGGAGAAGAUGAGGAUGAUGAUCUGGACCAGGAGACGUUCAGCAUAUGUAAGGAGAGGAUGAGGCCCGUAAAAAAGGCACUGAAACAGCUGGACAAACCCGACAAGGGACUAAAUGUGCAAGAACAGCUGGAACACACCCGAAACUGCCUGCUGAAAAUUGGAGACCGGAUAGCCGAGUGCCUUAAAGCCUACUCAGACCAGGAGCACAUCAAACUGUGGAGGAGGAACCUGUGGAUUUUUGUUUCCAAGUUUACAGAAUUUGAUGCUCGAAAACUACAUAAGUUAUACAAGAUGGCUCAUAAGAAAAGAUCUCAAGAAGAGGAGGAGCAAAAGAAGAAAGAUGACAUGAUUGGUGGUAAGAAACCAUUUCGACCAGAGGCCUCAGGCUCAAGCCGGGAUUCUCUGAUAUCUCAGUCCCAUACCUCACACAACCUUCACCCUCAGAAGCCUCAUUUGCCUGCCUCCCAUGGCCCACAGAUGCAUGGACACCCAAGAGAUAACUACAGUCACCCCAAUAAGAGACACUUCAGUAAUGCAGAUCGAGGAGACUGGCAGAGGGAAAGAAAGUUCAACUAUGGUAGUGGCAACAACAAUCCGCCGUGGGGCAGUGACAGGCACCAUCAGUAUGAGCAGCACUGGUACAAGGACCACCAUUAUGGGGACCGGCGACACAUGGAUGCCCAUCGUUCUGGAAGCUAUCGACCCAACAACCUGUCCAGAAAGAGACCUUAUGACCAGUACAGCAGCGACCGAGACCACCGGGGACACAGAGAUUACUAUGACAGGCACCAUCAUGACUCCAAGCGGAGGAGAUCUGAUGAAUUUAGGCCUCAAAAUUACCACCAGCAGGAUUUCCGAAGAAUGUCUGAUCACCGCCCCCCUAUGGGCUACCAUGGGCAGGGACCCUCAGACCAUUACCGUUCUUUCCACACAGACAAAUUGGGGGAAUAUAAGCAGCCCCUGCCCCCAUUGCACCCUGCGGUCUCAGAUCCUCGCUCACCCCCUUCUCAGAAAUCUCCUCACGAUGCCAAGUCACCCCUGGAUCAUAGGUCUCCUUUGGAGAGAUCACUAGAACAGAAAAACAACCCAGAUUAUAACUGGAAUGUUCGGAAAACAUAAAGGACAGCUCAGAAAGGGGAGCAAGAGUCAUCAAACACGUGGAUAUUUUUGGUCUGAUCCAACAGUAGCCAGUUACCUAGACCAGUAAGUGGAGUUUCUGGACAUGCCGCUGCUGUCAACUCGCUGGCUGAAGGAGCACUUCAAGGAGCGGAAGGCCUUUUAUUGGGUCCAGCUUUGAUGUGGGCCACCACUCCUGCACUUUGUCGCCCCAUCCUAUUCCAGCCUAGUUCUGGCCUCCCACUUUGAUGAGCCACUAGGAGGAAAGAUGACUUUUUGUGCACCAGCUUCACUGGGCCGUGUUUCCCCAGUGAAGGAAUAGGGGCUCUUUAGAGUCACGAAUGUUUUAUUGCCAGGGCCAAUGUUCCUUGGACCUUGGUGCGGUGGUCAGGGGAAGGAAUUGGUGCCUGAAGGCUGCCGGGACCUGGUGGUAGAGUGUGUAACCUGGUUCACUCUGACAUGGCAGAUGCUGCUGACGGGGGGUGGGGAUGAGUGGGUGGGGUCUCGCAUCAGAGGACUUGAAGGGGAGCAGGUACACCCCUUAAAUGUGUUUUUGGGAGAAAUUAUACACUCAGCCUCAUUAUGUGAAACCUAUAGGCGGGGCUUGGGGUGGGGGAAAAGAAAGAGGGACACAACUUUCACGGUGGCUUCUUCCCUACCAACACUAAUUUUCCCACACUGUCUGUACAUUUCAAAGGCUUGGUCUCCCGAGUGGGCCUCCUUUUCCCCCUGUGCCAGGGAAAGUAGGGUCCCUCUGGCUGACUUUGGAGUACUGUGAGUUAGGCAGCGUCGAUGCCAGCAUGGGUCUUACUUGAUUGGGGGGGUGGGCUGAGUGAGGGACAGGGUGGGGAUAGGGCGGGGAUGGGGCGUAGUGUGCCAGGGAACUGGAAUCCCUGGUGGAUUUCUGGUUCCUUUGGCGAGAAGGUUCCUUUGGGGAGGCAAGGCAGAGGCAGGCCUGCUGACCGGCUUGUUGCUGGCGCGCACAAAGAUGGGGGUGCCAGCGCAGGUGUGAGCAGGCGUUCUAGUGUGGGCUUUGGUAGUGCCAGCAAGUGGGGGAAGCUUUCAGUAUUGGAGUAGGUCAGCGUGUCCUGCUGCAUUUUAGUUCCCUUUGCACAGCUUGAAAGAAGUAGGUUAUACAGAAUCACACAUCUCCUGACGUUCAUGUGGUAGGCAGAGGAAAGUAAGUUACCUGUGGUGAACAAGUUUCUGCUGCUAGUUGGAGAUCAGUAGAAUUGAACUCAGUUUCUUUUAGAAUAAGAUCAAGUAUAAACCUAAGUUAAAAUUUUUUCCAAAGUAGGAAGUAUUCAAGGACACAGUGACCGAGCUAUAGGCAAUAAGAGCCAUACUAGUUGUUGAGUUGAGUCAGGACUAGGAAGCAAGUUGGUUAUAUCAAUUAAGCAGGCUUUUUUCAAUUUACUGAUGCAGGGGCCUACAGUUUUAUCCAUUUUCAGUAUAGCUUGCCAGUGUUGUUAGAGUAUCCAGAGGCCUUUCAGGAUGGAGACAUUAACUGACUUGAACAUACAGUGUGCUUGUUAGUGUCCAGGCUCAGAGCUGGUGAAACCCUUGUAUUGGGCAUGCACAGGGUUCAACUCCCUGAACUAACUUGUGAGGACUUCAUAAAACCAUUAUCACGACUGGCUGGGGUCCUGGGCAGCACUGUAAUGCCUUUACCGAGACGUGCCGAGCCGUGUCCCCCGAGUGAAGCAGAUGUGGCUGUCGUGGGCCGUUUCCUUUUGCUACACGGGGCGUCGUGCGGCUGGCCUGUGCUGAGCCAGGUGACGGUCUGGGUCCUCGAAGCCUGUGUUGGGAGCUCAGUGGACCCACCACUUUCUUACUUAACUCCUCGUGGUACUGGGGGUUGUACCCCCUGGACUUGUACCACGCAUGCCCGGGGCAAAGCCCCAGUGACUGUGUGGGGCCACCUGGCCGUAGUCCUCCCAUGGAGGGCCAGCUGCUGCUCAGUGGAGAAGGCAGGGAAUCGUGUCUCCACGUUGGCCACACGUUGAUGAGGAACCCACAGAUGGAGCUUCUUGCCGACAAUAUUGACACUAUCCUGUGUUUGUCUCGCCCAAGCCGGAGAGGAAGGCGAGGUUGGCUUGCCAAGCCCUUGAGUGAUGGGUGGUGGGGGUGGGAAGGGGAUGAGGCCCUGCAGGCGGUUGGAGUGUGUCCUCCAGGAGUGAGAGGGGGCGGAGGAGUCCCUGGAGGCCCUGCAUUUCCAUACUCAUCAGGCUUCUCCCAGGUUCUUGAUAGGAGAUGUGAAUUAUUCCCAAAGAUGUCUCAUCAUGAGGAAGAAGGCACUUCCUUUUGUUCACAUUUAGGACUUCUAGUGCCAUAUGCGGUAGCAAAAGGCAAUAUUAGCCAGAUCAGUGUUACAUUGAUUCUAAAAUUACAGUAUCCCCGUUAACCAUCUAUUUUAGGUGCGAAAUAGGUUUGAAGAGUACCUUGGGAAAAAGAAGGCAUUUCCUCUUUGCUUUAAAUCAGUAUGAAUAUUGUAUGCUUAAAUCAAAAACAAAUUUGCACAGGUAGAAAUUCUCUCACUUGUGAAUGGGAGAAGCUGCCCCAGGAAUCCGAGGAUGGUAUUCCGUGGAGCCUGGCUGUGAGAGGUUUCGCUGUCGGUAGAAACCGCAGGGGUUGAGGAAGAAGGGAAUUGGCAUCACCUAAAACGUGCACAUGAACAAGGACUGACAGGAUACUCUGGCCCUAGGAAAGGGCAAGGCGAAACCCCAGGCUCGUCACUGCGGUCUGUCAGAGUCAGGCUAGCGUGGACAGACAGGUGCCCAGCGGGGUCCUCGCCGGCUCUCCUUCAGUCAUUCCUUACGCCCUUCGACGGGAAACCCGAGCACGUCUCACACCGCGCGGCGGACGUGGAGCCUGACGCGUCUGAAGGCUGCGUCAGGCCUCGCAGUGCAGACGCAAUUCGUUCGUGAAUUCACACGAUGACACUGAAUCCUACAGACCAAAAUCCACUUGUCAGCAGGAGCGGUGGCCCAAGCUCAGUGCCAGCGGUCUUCGGGCUCCUCUGAGGGCCGCCACGCUGGGCGAGGGGGGCCAUGCCAAGGGUCCAGGCUGCUUUAGUCCAUCUGUGCCCCGCUCGUUUGGGGACAGAUGGUUUUUCUUUAUUGUAAAAUUGUGGACUUUUAAAACCUGUUGACUAAACAGUAAUUAAUUUAUAUUUGUGAAAAAUGCCACUGUCCUAGUGAUUUCUGAUGUAAAUAAUGUUGUUUAUAUAGUAUGUAUUAAAUUUUCCUACAUUGUAAAACUGCUGUACUUUUGAUUCUUGUAUAUUAAAAAGUGUUACUGAGGAUUUUUAGAAUUGGGCU